CCCCACAAUUUUGGUGCAUCCAAUGGUGGCAUGCCCCAACAUGGUUUUCUGAAAUACUCCAUUCCUCAGCCCCCUGGCAGGCAAAGCGUGGAAAUUUACUACCCCUAUGACUUCUCUCAGCAAAAGAUUAUAACAAGCAUCUCGCCAGUUUCAAACAUCCCUCAGGUCCUCCAGUUUGAUUAUCCUCCUCCUCCUCCUCCUCCUCAUCUUCCUCAUAUUCCUCAUAUUCCCCAGCAAAACCUGAAUAUUCCAUCAUUUGAUGCCAAUCCCCUACCAUCCCAGGAUCCCCUGCAGCCUCUCCAGCAGGACCAGCCCACGCAGAUAAACCAGAUGCCAGCGCAGGUGUGA